AUGGUAUUUGCUAUACAAAGUAUCCAUCGGUAUCAUAGCACUCAAAACAAGGGCUUUACGUGUUAUUUUGAUGUAACAGUAAAAAAUGAUGACCAAUACUUGACUUAUAAACUAUCACCAAGUAUAUACGGUAAGGUAGUUAUGGGCAAAUACCGUAUUGGUGACAAGGUAACCAUGAGGGACGGUGAUGAAGGUGUUUUAAUAGAGGAUGAGUGCAAUGAAAUUGAUAAGGGUGCUGUUGCCGAGCGAUAUUUGGUACGAGCGGAAAAAAAUGGUCAAGAAAAGAAUGAUAUGGCCGAACAAAUGAACUAUUUGCCAUUUCUUAGCGACACACCACUGUUCUUUAAAACGAUACCACAACGACUGGAAGCCAUUUAUAAAAACGGCACCCUCUACCUUAACGGUAAGAUUAAGUAUGAAAUGUUAAAAAAUGAACAGAGAAAAAAGAAAACAAGUUUUGAACCAGGAAAAUACAAUCCAGGCAUUACUUCUAGUCCAACCCGAGGAGUAGAGACUUCGUCUCAGUCAGUUUAUCCAUUCUUUGUAGCCAAAAUAAUUUUUAAGAGUAGAAUACUUGCAUACAAACACACUUCAUUCCCUUUUUACCAGAUACUUGUGGUCCUUGAUCUUAUCGAGGACAAAUUAGUUACGGUAGUUUUGUGGAACAGGUCUGUCUAUAAGUACUGCAAUUUACAACGUAAUGAUACGGUAGUAAUACCAAGAUGUAGAAAGAAGAACAGAUACUACAACAACGGUGUUAUAGUUUACAACAGUUAUAGUGAUGUUUGGAUGUUUGAUUGUGAAGAAUUUAGUGUAAAUGGAAGAGAUGAGGUUUACAUAUGUGAUAUCGAAGGAGUUAAUGACGAAGACAGUGCGGAUGGUAGCGAUAAAGGAAGCAGAAAACGAACGGAUAAAGAAAAGCCAAUAGCUAAGGAAGUAAGUGAUGCAAAAACAGUCACAGAAGUAAAUGAUAAAGGUGCGAACGUCUCGCUUAAUGAAGAUAAUCAUGCUGAGGAAAAAAAGAAAUCUCUGGGUAAAAAACAUUCCUUGGAGAAAGCCUCAAAAAGAAUUAAAACAGAAGAAAAAUCAGCGCCACCACUCGACGCAUUUGUAAAAGUACAACUUUCGCUCAGCCCUUUCGAUACACCCACCAUGUCAUUUCCUUUCUUACACCCUAUAGAAGGGAGAAUAAAUUACAUCUCAAUUCUUCUACGUAAGAGAAAAUCAGAAGGAACGUAUUUCCUGAUCAAUGACAAGAUAGAGGAAUUUUACCUCAUGAGAAUAGGAGAAGCAAUCAUUUACAUGUUUAACACCAGUGAAGAGGUGUUUUACGAAUUGGAUGCGCGUGAUUACGUUAUUUUAGAGAAUAUGAGGAUAAUUGAUACUAAUGUAUAUGUUAGCACCGUAUUUACCACGAUCACCAAGAAGAAACACGUGGUAGGUGAUGGUAAUUCUGGUGCCAAUACUGUCAGUGGUGGUCCGAGCACCUAUAAAAGGAACUUGAAGGCUGUGGAGAUAAAGAAAAAAGUUGAGGGCGCAUUUAUAUCAGGUGCCAUAGGUUACCACAACUUGGAGGUGAGGAGCACAGAAGAAAUAAAGAUAAAUGGAUGUUUGCUGAACAUGGAGAUUGUGCCAUUCAUCAAUAUAGUGGAGGUGGAACUACAAAAAAUUAAAGAGCUGUGCGAUUCGUUGGUGAUCAACGAAAUGAAAAGAAUUAAAACACGGGGAUAUUACUUGGGAAUGGAUGAGGGUAUUACGGUGGGAUACUAUGAAAUAAACGAUGUUCACGGCAACGCAUCAAAUGAUGUGCAAGGCGCUGAAAUAGACAUAAAUGGAAAUAAUGAUGAGAAACUGAGCAGAGAACAAAAAGGUAAGUAUGUUCUGAUAGGAAAUAAUGAAAGUAUUGGUGAUAUGAUGAUAGAAAUGGACAUCUUUGAUAAUUUGCUGGUAAAUGAGAAGAAUGAUUACAAGUUGGAAAGAAAGAAAAUUUAUGAUAUUAGUGCCGUGUUACUACGUGUGGAUGAAAAUAACGUGUUGAAAAUCAUAAGUAGAAUUGAAUGAUAUAAGAGUUAGGGAUUGAUUGUAAGAUGUUUAAGUUACGAGCAUUUAAAUACGCCAUGAGAAUACAGCGAUUUAUAUGAAUUAAGGAAGUUCAGAUGCUUUUUUGAGUUUCUGGUUAAUCAAGGGAUUUUAAUUGAAAUCAUCACUUCUUUGUAUCUACGAUGAAUACGGUGUCCUAUACGUAACAAGUGAUGAUUAAAACCGCACAACAUGGGGAGCACAGCACGAUCUACGGCAAAAAAUGUAAAAGAGUGGAGCAAUCACAUUUUGAGAAUAAUGCGCACACCUUUUGUUGCACUCAAAUAUCGCAGUUAGUGUCAUCUUGCCGUUAAUCACAGGCAUUAAAACAAACAUUUAGCUGUACGGGAAUGUUUUGAUGUUGCUUUGCUGAUAUGAAUGUAAAAAUGAAUGCUCCUCAUGUCAACAUUGAAUAAAGUACCGUUGUUAAACAACGAAAAGCAUGCUUUAUGUGAACAAUCAAGUUUAUUUGGACGUUUCUGCACCAACAAACUGUUUAAUGACCUGUUUAUAGGUCUCUAUUCCAAUUCUUUCCUCAAUGCCUCAAUUAUCUCUUUGCUACUCGUUGUUUGAUACGUGCUGUGACAUGCCUGCUCACAUUCCAUCAUCAUUUUGGUGAUGCUCUUAUCAGUGCUCAAUCGCAUGGCAUCCACGAACAGUUUUCUGCCCGUAUUCACAUCACCUAUUUUAUAAAAUGUGUUCGCCA